AAAUAUUACCAGCUGCCAAAUAUGAGUGUCACAAUCGAUAGUAAGAAAGAUGUCACUGUGGAGAGGGAGGAUCAGGAAAAGAUUAAUAAGUUCUCAAGGCUGAAUAUGAAAUGUACUGAGCUUAUAGAGGAUAAGAAGCAGAUGCAGCAAGACCUUGAUGCUCUUGAGGAUGCAGAGCUUGCUAUUGAAGAAGCAUUUGGAGAAGAUGGCACUCUUAAAGUGUUCAUGGGAGAAAUCAUGUUUGAUUGUUAUGAAGAUGAAGCUGAAAUCCAUCAUAUGAGAAUGAUGGAAGAAAAGAAGGAAAAGAUGGACGAGGUUCAAGACCAGAUCGAUGAUGUUGAGAAAGAAAUGAAAACUUUGAAGGCAGAAUUAUACGCCAAAUUCGGAAAAGCAAUUAACCUUGAGAAAGAAUAGUU